AUGUUUGGCCUCUUGACUGUGGCGGGAAUCGUCAUGCAGAUGUCCAUAGGGUGGCUCAAGUAUCAGUCAGUGUCGACGAGCGGGCAGAAGGUCCACCGCUGGCAUGGGACGAGCGGCUUCGUGGUUCACACGUUGGGCAUCGUAGCGUUGCUGCUGGGGGCACGAGAAGUCCUGUCGGUGGACAACAUCUACUUCAUCAUCAUAGCAGUCUGCGCGGUUCUGGUCUGGCUGAUGGUAGUCCUCCUCCGCCUCUUCGCCAGCUUUCCCGACAGCCACGAGGAGUUCGCAUACACCAAGCAAUGA